AUGGCGGCCGCGGCUGCCCGAUCCGAGGACACGACCACUUGCGAGUCCGGCGGCGACGUAGCGGACGCGCUGGCCACGGCCGGCCGCCGCCUCACCGGAGGCUGCCUGCCGGCGGCAGAACGUAAUCGGAUGAGGCUAAGCCGCAGCGCGGGGGCGGAAGGCCGGGGGCGGCGGAAAGCCGCCCGGCGUGGGAGCCGCGUGUGGAACGAGCCGAAAUUCACUUUCACGUGCACACUAUGCCUCGUGGGCUGGCGGCUCACGACGCAGUGGGUGGCGGGCGACGCGGCGUGCAAGGUCUUCCUGCUGCUGCGCGCCUUCGGGCUCUACCUGUCCAGCAACGUGCUCGUCUGCGUCUCGCUGGACCGCUACUUCGCCGUGCUGCACCCGCUCAAGGUGAACGACGCGCGCCGCCGGGGCAAGAUCAUGCUGGUGUUCGCCUGGCUCAUCGCGUUCGCCUGCUCCGUGCCGCAGAUACUUGUAUUAUUAGAUUGUACUGGCAUGUACGAGUAA